AUGCUCUCCGCCGAGGUCUGCGCCUGGUCCGGCAAGGAUCCCUUAUCCCUCCACAGCAGUAGCGACGAGACAUCCCUCCGAUACGCAUGGCAUUCCACCCCCCACGACGCCUUCUCGCAACUCCCCCAAACCGCCACAUACUUCCCUCUCCGCCCUCCACCGCCCCCGCAAGACUCCUCAACCACCCUCCUCCGCACGCACCUCUUCAACCUCCCCCAAGAACUCCACGACCUCAUCUUCGCCUACACCUUCACCCCACCCACCGCUCUCACCAUCCCCCUCGACGAAACCUACGCCCUCCCCGCGAUCUUGCAGGUCUCCCGACACACCCGCUCGCGCAUCCUGAAAACCUACUACCACGGCAAUGUGUUUGAGCCAAACGAAGCGAAGGAUGUCUGGCGGUUUUCGAACGCGGUUCCGGACGAGGUGAGGGAGGGCGUUAGGAGGGGUGUGGAGGAAGCUUGGGAGGGGAAGGGCAAGGCUGCUUAUUACCUUUCCGUCGGUCGAGAGAUGCUUUGGUAUGCUUGGCGCACAGAAGGCGAACUUGGGAGAGUUGCAACUCGAAAGGAGAAGGAGAGUUUGGAUGGUCGCGUCGGCGGGACUUUCUUCUUGCUCUUCACCAGAACGCAGCGAAAACUACCCGCACUGCCAUCACGGCUGAACCUCCCCCAAGCCGCUGCAACCAUGGCCGCCACCCCCCACACCAACCACACUUACAGCCUCCGAUGGCAACUCAUCCGUCUCCCCCAGGAGCUACGCGACAUAAUCUUCUCCUACACCUUCACGAUCCCCGCCGGCACCCUCAACCUCAUCAACAAAAAUUACAAGCCCCCGUCAAUUCUCCAAGUCUCCCACGCCACCCGCCAUCGUCUCCUCGAGCCCUACUACUGCCGCAACGCCUUUUGGGUCAUGUUCACCCGACCCGAGGACUUGGUGAAGUGGUACCUUGCGCAGCCGAAGGAUUGGAGGUUUACCAUGAAGUUGAGGAUUCCGGGGGGGGGGGGGGUGCGGUGGCCAAGGAAUACGAUUGAUCUGGAGGUGUUGGGCCGUUUGGUGAGGGUGGGUGAGGCGGGGGAGGGGUCGAGUUUUGAGACUGCGUGGGAGAAGUUGUCGUUGUCGCAGUGA